AUGGUUCCAGAAUCAGGAGAAGCAAGUAGGGAUGAAGCAAACCCAAGCACCAUCAACAAAUCUGUCGCCCCGGGAACCGAGCAAAGUCCCCGAGAUACAGAUGAAAGCGAAGAAAAUGCAAGUGAGAAAGAGGAAGAGAAGGAAUCAAAUGACGAAGAAGAAGGCAUGCAACCGCUGAAGUUGCACUUUCCUUCAACCAAGUAUCAAAAGUCUUUAAAGCUUUCAGGAAAAUGUUACAUUGACACGGCGAUAAGACAUAUACAAACGAUCCUAAGAAAGGAGGAGGUGGAAUUGUUCAUAGAGCACCCACAGUUCAAGCAUUUCUUCCAUAUUAAAGACCGAAAGCAGAAGUGGAUGGGAAUGCGGCUUCUCGUUUUGCGAUCAGCUUGUGUAGCGAAGAAGUAUGAGUUAUGGUUAAUCGUUAAUGGCGUCCCAUUCCAAUACUCUCUCAGAGAAUUCAGACUCAUUUAUGGACUAUACUGCCAUGAGUAUCCCCCCAACCAUGAGAGGUUGGGUGGUACAACAUUCAUGAACAAGUAUUUUGGAUGGAAAAGGGUUACAUAUGCUGACCUGGAGAAGCAGAUGUUGUAUCCUCGUCGGAGGCCGAAAGAGUGGAGAGGGAGCAUUGGAGCAUCACCAGUGGAUAGUUUCUUCCAGACUGUUUUUGAUGACCCAGAUGAGUGUAUAAAGUUCCCUUGGGGGUGGUAUGCAUUCGAACAUAACUUGAUGGAUAUCUCUAGCUCCUUGGAGAAAUGCGACGGGGUUGUGCCGACGAGUUGGGGUUUUACAAGCUUUCCUAUUCCUUUGGAGUUGUUGGCCUUUGAGGCAAUUCCAAGCUUGAGGAACCAUUUUCGAGAAAGUGUGAAUGGUGCACGCCCUGGUUGCCCGCGUAUGUGCAAGAUGCAUUACAAACGCAAAGGUGGAACCAAGGCAUUCAGUUUGAAUGCAGUGAACGUGAAUCUUGGUGAUAGUAAGGAUAUUGCGAGUAUCUUGGUAGCAACAUCAGCUGAGAAGGAACUUCUGGAAAGCAUAGGGAUGGGCAAGGAAACUCAGGUUGAAGGUCCCACCAUUCCUGCUAUUGGAGGAGGAUCCAAUAAUGCAGAAUCUGGACAUACUGAUGCAUAUUCGGUGGAGGCUUCUGGAGUUGAGGCUUUAAAAGCGAUGGAAGGUCGGCUUAUGAAUGCAAUCUCGGAUGGUAUGAAGGAAGUGAACAAAAAAGUCAAGUCAUUGUCUAACCGGCUAACUCUUGUAGAAAAUGAAGUGAAAAGUCUUCGGGUGAGUGUUCCCGGAAUGAGUGAACUGCCGUCGGAAGGGGAAAGUGAUAAUCCGUCCGACCAAGAUGGUAGUGAUAAUCCGUCGGAGGAAGAUGGUGGUGACACUCCGUCGGAGGAAGAUAAAGAUGGUGGUUUUAAGGAUGAUAGUGUUCUAGCUAUUGCAAACCAAGUGCAGAGUGAACAUGGUAAUGGUGAUGAUGACAUGGAUGAUACUGCAGAGAUGUCUGCAGCGGCUGAGCAGCUCGAGAGUGAGAUGCUUGAGAAGGCAAAUACUGAGAAGAAGAUAAAGAAGAGGAUGAGAAAAGAUGAUGGAAAAUAA